AUGGAUGAGGCAGAAGUCGACCAUACUAAACCGAUCCCCGCGUUCUACUGCUGCUAUCUGCUGCGAUCGACCAAGAAGCACAUCUCACUGUAUAUUGGCUCGACUCCACACCCUGCGAGGCGACUCGCACAGCACAAUGGCGACUCCAAGGGCGGCGCCCGUAAGACCGCAAAAGAUGACAGGAGACCAUGGGAGAUGGUCCUGCUCGUGGAGGGCUUUACAAGCCGCGUUGCCGCGUUGCAAUUCGAAUGGGCGUGGCAGAAUCCAAAAUUGUCUUGGCAGCACCCCGUAAAUCGCCGGGAUUUGGAACUGGAUACUACAUGCGACAACGCUCGAGCGGCUCAGAACAACCCAAAAGCGCCAACGACCAAACGCCGAGGUCGUGGCUCCCGAAGGUCGCUCAAAUACCAUUUAGAAGACCUGCAUGUCUUUCUACGCUCCCCCUACUUCUCAAAAUGGCCCCUGAAGUUACGCUUCUUCAAUGCGGACGUGUAUCAGCUGUGGACGAGCUGGUGCGACCGCGUGGAUGGCUUGCUUCCCGACCAUGUCAGGCUCAUUUUAGAUGGGGACUGCCCCAAGGAUCACUCGCACGACGAAGGCGACCUGCGGGUUAGAAACGUCACUUAUAUGAAGGCCGACUAUAGCCCGAUUCACGACUACGUAGAGAAGGCCAAUUUUAUGCUGGACGAUCCGGAGGAUCUGCGUUGCAAAGUCUGCCAAGCACAGAUCCUUCCACAAGAAGACUUGGCGGUGGUCUGCCCUCAGGUGGACUGCCACUGCAUCAGUCAUCUAUUGUGUCUAUCAACCAAGUUUCUGAAUACCGCCAAAGAGCCAGACCAGCUCGUUCCGAUUGAUGGCAACUGCCCCGCGUGCAACAAGGUUGUUCAGUGGUCAACGAUGAUGCAAGAAUUAAGCCUUCGGAAUCGGGGGCCAAACGAGACCCGUGCAAUACUUCGAAAGGCAAAGCGAGAUGGUGCUAAAGCACGUGGCCGUGUCCCUAAAACAAGCGCUGCCGGCGAAGUGGGUAGCAUCAUGGAAGAACAAGGCCAUAAAUCUGCACUAGUUGGAAGCUCAGUUGUCGAUACAGGCGACAAUCUGAAUGUGGACUUCCAGGAUGAUGCCAGUUUGGACGAUAACUGGGCGGAGUCGACAGAAUUCGAUAUGGAACCGGACAUGGGGGACGCAUCAGGGGCCCCUGAGACAGAAUCACAUAGGGUCGAAAUCGUUAUAGAAGACAGUGACACCGACGGGCUGGGGGAUCUGGGAUGA